AUGUGUAUGAACCACGCCGUCACGGACGUGAACACCCUUUCAAACUUCAAAGAUGUCGUCACAAGGCACACUAAACUUGAAUUCACCAUCGACUUCGAUCGCACCAUCCUUGUUGGAUACACAGCAGUAACCCUCGAGCCAAAAGUCGGGAGUCUUCAUGAGGUCAUUCUCGAUACAAGCUACGUGGUCGUGAAGGAUGCCAAGAUUGGCGACAAGUCUGUUCAAUGGACAUUGAGAGCUGAUAAGGAUCAGAACGGAAGCCCUCUCCAUAUCCAACUUGACCGGGUUUACUCACUCGGUGAAUCGUUUGAGCUUGCCAUUAACUUUGAGACCACGACGAAGACGACUGGCCUCCAAUGGUUUGGUCCAGCUCAAACAGACGACAAGAAGUUUCCCUUCAUGUUUUCGCAGGGAGAGCCUGUGCAUGCUCGCUCCAUGUUUCCGUGCCAAGACACCCCAUCUAUCAAGACAACAUUUGAUAUCAUCAUUCACUCUACGCUGCCUGUUGUCGCGAGUGGUGUUCCCGAGGACGAGCUGAUCUUCCCUCCAGUCAAGUUGCCUCUGGACACGAAGACGUACAGGUUCAAACAGGAUAUUCCAAUUUCGAAUUAUCUCUUUGCUGUGGCUAGUGGUAACCUCGCAGGCGAGCAGAUUGGUCCAAAGAGCUACGUCUAUUGUGCGCCGGACGACAUCGAAGCCUGCAAAGCGGAGUUCCAACCGGAUCUUCAUGCCAUCAUCAAGUCUGCUGAAAACCUCAUUUUCGAGUACCCAUGGCCGCUGUAUAACCUUGUCGUCCUUCCGAAGUCGUUUCAUUUAGGAGGCAUGGAAAACCCCAUCUUCAACUUCUACAGCGCCACUGUGGUCUCGGGAGACAGGGAAAACAUUUCGGUCGUGGCUCAUGAGUUCGCUCACAGCUACAGUGGCAAUCUGGUAACCAACGAUUCUUGGGAGCACUUCUGGUUGAACGAGGGCUGGACAGUUUACAUCGAGCGCUGCAUCAUCCGGGACCUUCGUGGAGAAGAUGCCGUGCAGCUCGACACCAUUGUUGGAUGGCAAGACUUGCUUUACAACAUCGAGGCUUAUGGCGGCAACGACAGCGUGUUCACCAGCCUGGUCCUUCAGUUCGAUGGCAAGAGGCCAGACGAUGUCAUGUCGAAGAUUUCAUACGAGAAGGGCUACACCUUCCUGUGUCACCUCGAACAGAACGUUGGAAGAGAGAAGUGGCACAAGUUUGUCCCUCAUUAUUUCAGGACUUUUUAUGGGAAGAGUGUCAACUCUGCGCAAUUCAAGGACUGCGUUCUUGACUUCUUUUCAGCAGACAACGAUGCAGCAUCGGCGUUGGCCACCGUCGACUGGGAUGCUUGGUAUCACAAGCCGGGACCACCGCCGAAACCAGAUAUGAACUCCAAGCUCUACGAGGACUGCAUAUCGCUAGCAGACAAAUGGAAAACGCUCACGCAGGGUUCUUCAUUUGAACCCAGCGCCGAAGAUGUCAAAGACUGGACUGUUGGCCAACUUCUGGUAUUCCUCGACCUGCUGAUCGACAGCCCGAACCCUGUGCCUGCAAGUCACACCAACUCCCUGGGUGUAGAGUAUGGUCUGCGAGAUUCCCGCAAUUUUGAGGUUGUCAGCCGAUAUCUUCGAGUCGCACUGCGAGCAGGCGACAAAGGAGUAUUGAAACGGACUCAAGAGGUCCUUGGCCAGACUGGACGGAUGAAGUUUGUCAAGCCGCUCUUUGAGGGGUUGAUCUCCAUAGAUGACAACUUGGCACUCGAAGUUUUCAAUAGGCAUCGUGGCUUUUACCAUCCUACAUGUCUGCGGCUUUUGAAAACGGUGCUUGAGAAAAACGGGAUCAAAGUCGAGUAA